CGGGGUAAGCUCGGUUAUAGAAAGGCCACCUAAAUUAAAAAUAAAUAAUAAAGGGUCUGUGCGAAAGGCAACCACAGACUAGGAAAUACGGAGUUGGGAGAUAGGAAAAAAAAAUACGCGAUCGAUUUUUUCUGAAUCAGGCAAAUAAGUUUUGAGUGUGGACAAUUUAUUCAGCUUAGGUUAUUUGUUUGAUUUGUCAUAAUUUCAGUUCGAAUAAUAUACUUAGUAGAUAACUCUCUUUGUACAGGAGAUGUGUUUCUUUAAUAAACGAUAUCGGUGAGACCAAUGUUUUUUCAUUAUAAUGUCAAAACAAGGAAAAAGAAAAAUCACCGUCGAGUUACCGAAAACAAAAGACCUAUCUAAUAGACCAAGUGUAUUUGAACGUCUCGGUACUAAGAAGUCUUCGAGCGCGAAAAAAGCCACGGAACAUUGUAGACAGUGGGCCCAACACGGCAGCUGUGCGUACGGUAAGAGUUGUAAGUUUGCGUCUACUCACACCUUGAUAAGCCCAUCGAAGCAGCGAGCAGCAAACAAUAAUGAGAAACGUUUAAAAGAUGAUCCUAAAAGCAGACUGCAUUCUACUGUAGUUGUCAGGUCAGGCCGAAGCCCGGAUGGUGAGAUCGACAACUGGGACCAAAAUGACUUAGAAUAUGCGGAUACCGACGUUCUCGAGAAGAGGCGCCAGCAGUUGCAACGUGAGUUAGAACUGCAACUGAAAAUGGACUCUAAUAAAGACAACCGGAAGGACAAAAAGAAAACAGUGUCAAGCUCAUCGUCUUCUAGAAGUUCCAGCUCAUCCAGUGUUUCAACAUCAUCUUCAGAUGGCAGUACUUCAUCAUCCUCAUCUGGCAGAGAUGCUAAAAGGAGGGGUAAAAAAGGAAAAUUAAAAAGGAACUCUAGUUCAUCAUCAGAAUGUGAUAUACCUUCCAAAAAAAAGUUAAUAAAAACUGAUGUAAUGAAAAGAGAUAAAAGUGAAUCAAAAAAAGUUCUCUUAAAGAAAAAUGAUAGUAAUUUGAUAAAAAAACAUGAAGCUAACAAAAAGAAAAACCUUUCAAAGGCAAUUGGUAAGAAAUCUUUAUCACCUGGUAAAAAAUCGGGAGGGACACCGCCAAUAACUUCGAAAAAUGUACUAUCAAAAACCGCUACAAAACAUGUUAAGUCUCCACAAAGAAAAGAAAGAAACAGAAGUGCAUCACCUAAAGAUAAAGAUAAAGACAGAGAUCGAAUAAAGGAUAAAGAUAGGGAAAAAGAUCGAGAUAAAGAUCGUGAUAGGGAUCGUACUAGGCGCAGCCGAUCACCUAAAAAAGGUCGUUCUACGUCUCGUUCUCGAGCGAAUCCAAAAGACCCUAGAAAGAAAGAUAGUUCAGAGAGAAGUAGGCCAGUAUCGCCUAAGAAACAAGUGAGAAGAGAUGGCAGUGCUGAAAGACAUAGAAAACGGUCACUUAGCAGAGAUAGAGACAGAGGACACAAAGACAGAUCAUUAGAGAGAAAAAAAGAUAAACAUGAUGAUAAGGAGAGACAUGAUAGGAAAGAUAGAGGACGUGAUCGAAACAAGGACAGUAAAAGAGAUGAUUCAAAACGACGUGGUCGUGAUCGUGGUUUGGGUGGUAGUAGAGGUGACAAAGGUUUAGAAAAACCAAAUAAACCAAUGCAAAGAUUGCUCCCAAGACCAGAAGAACGUUUAGCUGCCUUAGCUGCAAUAUCUAACCGGGCUUUAGAGUCUGACAAAAAUUCUACUAAUUCUAAAGAUCGACAAGAUACGCAGUCCGAAAGAGGCGGUCGCAAACAAGACCGAAUUGAAAGAGAUAGAUCCAAUAAAAGGGAGCGGAUGGAUAGUAUAGAAAGGGAACAAGGCGAAUUCGAUGUAGCAAUGGAUCGUCAAUAUGACCACGGUCAUGGCAUUGAUCAUUACGAUAGAUUAGAUGAUCGUUAUGAUAGUGUUACGCGAGAAGGUGAACGGUCUCCUGGUUACAAUAUUCAAGGCAGGGAUAGGCAUUAUGAUCCAGGUUAUGACAUGCCUGGACCGCCGCGAGGAUACCCUGACGAUGACGAUCGGAUAUAUGGGGAUGCUAUGGGUGACCCCAGAGGAAUAGAAAUGGGUUACGACGACCGGCGACCGCAUCGUGAUCAUUCUUGGGAAGGGCGAUCAGGCUCCUUAGACCGUGAGCGCGGUUAUAUGCAUCCUCGUAAAGAAUGGGAUAAUGAAGAAUAUCGCGGCCCUGGCGAUUGGGGUCGGGAGCGGCAUUGGCCAUUACACGAACCUCAGAUGAACGAAUGGGGUGACAAGGAACAGGAUGUAGAAGGUUGGCACCAUCGUGGUCAUCCAUCCGGACCUCAUCGUGGUCGCAUGCAUGAUGAUUACAAUCGUGGAGGUAGAAUAGAUCAUGGACGGAAUGAAGGUAAUAAAAGACGCGCUCCUAGAAAUGAAACAGAAACUGCAAAGGAACCAGCGCCUGCAACUCAAACAGCUCCAGUUACGCAGCCUGAAGAACAGGAUGCUGAAGACAAACCACCUAUCCCUGAUGAUUUAAGUGAAAUCAGCGAUGAUCCUGAUGACAUUUUGGAAAGAGAAGAUAUGAUGGAUCAAAACAUCGAUGAAAACAGUCAAACUGAUCAGCCAAAUGAAGAAAGCAUUCCUAAGCUAGAUGGUUCAGAAAAAGAGUCUACCCAGGAUACAAGUGGUGCUUGCGAAGAAAAGGAAUCUCACGAAGGCAAAGAUGAAGAAGAUGUUGCUAAUUUAGAUUUUGAGGAAAUAUCUGAUGGCGAAUUAGAAGAAGAAAGGACACGAGCUGGUCUUGGUGACGCUCUCGGUGUAGAUUGGGCUAGUCUUGUUGCCGAUGUUCAUCGACGCGAGCAGACCGCCCCGGCCGGCGGCGCUCGAGACCGAUGGAGGCCUGAACGAGUGUUGUCCAGAAUAGGCCUCUCCAUAGAAAUGGCGGGAAAGGAUACAGUUCAAAACAUACUGCAGCAGAACGCUAAGUCACUUCAGGCGGAGAAGAAAAUAACUGGGGCUGACGGAAAUAAAACUAGUUUGGUUAACGGCACACAUGAAGAUAAUUUGCAAAAAUCUGAUUUUCCGACAGACAUCAAAGAUUUGCAUCCAGUGGCUGCUAUUCAGGUAGCAACGGAGAAACGGAAACGACAGCGCGCAGUUUUAUUUGGAUCUGGUUGCGAAAUUACGCGCGGAUUGAGCGCGAGACGCGACCUGGCACUCCGCCGAUACCUGUGUCACUUGCCAGUGGCCGAGCGGACCGGGCAAUCGCGUGUUGCUCCACAGCCAUCAUUGUUCCACGCUGCCCGUUCAUUGUUGAUGCAAGCACCAGUCUCCGGCUGACAAAGACUAUAACCAAGAGUUGCUGUUGGUAAAUAUUGGGAAAUAAAAAAAAGUGGCAGAAAAUGAGCUAAUUCAGUUUCAGAAUAGGGAUUUGAAAUUACGCCCAUUAGUCUGAUUAUAUAAAUACCAAGUGGUUACGUGAAAUUUUUAUAAGGUAUAAUUUAUUAGCAAGACCUGCUGGCAAUACUUAUCAGAUGUCAAUGUUUACAACAACAAAUACAAUCUAGUUUCAACACUGGAAUUAGAACUUUUAUUUCAGUAAGGUUUGACAAUACAAUAAACAUGGCACAUUCUUAGAAUGACCAAACCAUAUUUUGCUCUGAAAUCUAAAAAAGAUGACUGGUAAAAUAUGAGCACUCUAGAACAUGGACAUUAGUAAAUUUAAAAUUUGAUUAUUUUUAUAUUUAAAAAUGAGAAUGUUUGACCUGAUAUUUAUCAGACAGUGAAUUAAAGUGUUCAUUUCAAAGUUAAAUUUGAUCAAAUAACAACUUAUUAAUAAUGAUGCUAAUUUUACAUGCAAUAUUUAAGAAUUGUGUCACGAAUGUUUGAUGGAUAAGUUUUUUUUGGUGGCAUUUAGAAAGACACCAGAAUUCAACAAAAUAUGUAUGGAUAACUAGUGCCCUAGUGAAAAAAUAUAUGUUUUCAAAAUAUAAUGUUUUACAAAUUACUGCUUU